CUCACGUCACCUAAUUAAUAUUCAUGAGCAAUUCGUUCUCAUAGUAGGAUUCGUAAUUUCUCCAGCCGGUAGCGUCAAAGACAAACGCCGUGUGGACUUCAAAACACAAAUAAUGUCUUACACAACCUUACAGGGUUGUUCAGUGCUGAGAUACAACUAGAUCAGAUCAGAGGAAAACCAUGGAUGAGGAGGACAGCCAGGAUGAGCUGAUCAACAGGAACAUCUCCCACGGAAAAGGAAAAAGACCUGCCAUGUCCAUCAUUUCUGAUGACGAGGACAACUCAGAAGAUGAGGGGCAAUCAGAGGAAGGAGACACAGGCAGUGAGGAAGAUGAUGAUGAUGAAGAAGAGGAAGUCCUUGAUGGAGAGGAGGAGGAAGAUGAUGACGAUGAAAGUGACGAUGAGGACUCUGGAAAGGUGCUGGAGGGAGCUGUAGGGAAUGCUGCUGUGGAUGCAGCGGCUCUGAGCUCAGACGAGGAUUCUGAGAAAUGCCCCAUCUGCCUAAACUCCUUCCACGAGCAGCCCGUGGCCACACCGGAGUCCUGUGAACACUACUUCUGUCUGGACUGCAUCCUGGAGUGGUCAAAUAAUGCUAACUCUUGUCCUGUGGACCGAAUAGUCUUCAAUAACAUUCUCCUGAGAAAGUGCUAUGGUGGGAAAGUUCAAAAAACAAUUGCAGUGAAGAAGCCUGUAAAACCUGGGGAGGAGCAGGUGGAUGUGGACUUGGAUCAGACCAGCUGUGAGGUUUGCGGUGGUCGAGAUCGUGAAGAUCGUCUCCUGCUGUGCGACGGAUGUGACGCUGGGUAUCAUAUGGAAUGUCUCACACCGCCAUUGGACGCUGUACCUGUAGAGGAAUGGUUCUGCCCUGAGUGCAUCGCCAAUAACCGCACAUCAGGUUCUGAACAAAUCAGUGAGGAGGAGAGCAGCUCUCUCCCCACCACCAGCCGUCCCCGGUCCAGACCCACCCGCGCCAUCGCACGCACCCAGCACAGUGAACGAGUUCGCGCCAACGUCAACAGACGGCGCAUCACACAGGCACGCACUGCAGCACAGCUCGCUCCCAGAUAUAUGAUGCAGUCCACGUGGCUGGAUGAGACCAUCAAUGCAGUAGUGGCCGGACUCAACACGGCCGUUUAUGUGCGAGACUUGACCCCUCGCGCCAAACCCCGGCGGAGGAGGAAGACAGUUAAAAGAAGGAAAACCAAAAGCAAAUCCUCAUCAGCCUCAGGGGGAAAAACAACCACGGGAGUGAAGAGACGGAAACGCAAAGUUAGGAGGUCAAAAUCAAGAAGAAAAGUGGUCGCAAAGAAGGAAACCGGUUCGAGACGUCGUAUUGCACGGAGUUUAGGCAUUAAGAAGCCCAAGUCUGGCUCCAUGAUUCCCUCAGUUUAUCGGCCUUCAGAGUACAGUUUAGGAAGUAUGCGGGCGGAAAUCGGAGCAGCGUCCCUCUCUGUGUAUGGAGAUCCUUUUGACCUGGACCCCUUUGAUGAUAGGGAGGAUGAGAUUGAAGUCCCAACACCAUCCUCUGUUCUGGAUGCUAAACGCCGUGGCCUCUCCCGUUCUGCCUUGCGAUCCCAUCAGCCUGUGGCCAGACCCAUAUCUGCCGGAGUCUCCAGGCAAGGUGCUAGUAUCCCACAGGUGGGAGAUGUUGCAGAGGAAGCCCCUGUAUCAGAUUUGCUGGGCAGCAUCCUCAGUGGUCAGAGCAUGCUCCUCAUGGACAGUUCAGAUGUGGUCAUCAACAGAGAUGGUUCCCUGAAAGCAACUAAACCUGUGUCCCUGUCAUUGCCAAGAAACACUACCCCUAGAGGUUCAAGCUCAGGGGAAACAGGAGACACACCAAACUCAGAAACAAGUCUCACUCAACCCUCUGGAGGGGCUGGUCCUUCCUCUAGCCCCUUGGGAUGGCCCUCACCGGCACACAGUUCACCUGGGUUUUGUUCCCCACCAAACAAUCCCACAUCUCCACCCAUACACUCUCUGCAUCUUCCUCACUCACAUCCAUCUCCCUCGGGACAUCCCCGAUUGAAUCCGGGAGCUCCUCAUAGGCCGAUCACCCUAAACCCACCAAGACCUGGAAAUAGCCACUUGAGCACCAAUGGGGUUAAAGGCCAACCCCACUCAAGGGUGCCAAAUGGUGCUUCUGACUCUCCCCAUCAAGACAAGAGUGGUCCUGUCCAACAACCACCUGUCAAAAAGCCACCUCCCAAACCUGUAUGGGUGGAUGUUUCUGUAUUGCCAAGGAUACCAAAAAUUAAAAGGGACAGUACCUCUAGUGCAAAUAGUAGCGGUGGCAGCAGAAGCAGUACUUUGCCUGGGUCUUCAGGGACCAACUUAGCAGGCAAUACAGGAAGGGAACGUACUGUUGACCAACAAGGUACGGGUGCGAGUCAGCAAAGCAGGACAGUAGAUGCUCAGAGGCAAAGAGCAGACAGAACUGGUGCUUCAUCUUCAUUCUCUAGCUCUUUCACCUCCACUACAUCAUCUUUUAGUGCCUCUUCAAACUCACGCCCAUCCUCUUCUUCCGUCAGUUUCCGUAUAAACUCUAGCGGAAACCCUUGGCAAGCUCGUCGACUUCCUGCAUCAGGAGGGACUCUGCCUGGAGAUGAUAAGGAAUCAGUAAAGAGAAAUAAUAAAAGUAAACAGAUGCUGUUGUCUUUAAGAGCAAAAGCCAAAGAGGAGAAAAGUGAGGUAUAUGAUCCCUUUAACCCUACAGGGUCUGAUUCCUCUGAUAAUGAACCAGAAAAUGAGGGUCCUGAUUUUGGCGUCCAAAAUACUGCAUCUCGGGUGCCAAUUGGAGCCAAUGAGGAUGCCUGCCAUCAAAUCAAAUCUGAGCCUCUGGAUGUACUUUCAGAUACAGAGAGAGAUAUGGAAAUGUGUGCAGAAGUUAAAACGGAGCCAGAAUCUUUGUGGGACAGCCCGUGCCAAGAAUCACCACAGCAUUCGGACACAAUGCAUAGUCAGACUGCCUCAGGAGGUCCUGCUUUGGGUUCUACUAGAUGCGAAGCAGGCAUGGAUGCCGGAAAUAGCGGAACUCUAGGAAGCCCUUUUCAGAAAGCUGAAGGGCACUCCAGGUCAAGCUCGUCAUGCAGUGAAAAACAUGUUAAGGUGGAGGUGAAGUCUGAACCUGAGACUGGGCUUUCACCUGUUAGGCCCCAAUCAAAGUUGUUGGAAGAGUCUCUAGGGAAUCUACAACACGUUUCUAAAGGAAAUGGGAUGUGUAAAGAGCUGCCUUCAGUCAGUGGUGCUUUAAAUUCUUCUAGCGUAGCCAAGGACAAGGAGGACAGACCUCACCAGUCCCAGUCUAAGGACAGGAAGCGGUCACCAUCAAACUCGCAGAGCCUUUCAUCUAAAGACUCCCAUAAAAAGAAACAUUCAAAGUUGAAAGAAAAGAGAAGGUCACGCUCAAGGUCGAGAGAUCGGCGAAGAUCACGUUCGAAAUCGAGAGAGAGGCAGCGUUCCCGCUCAAGAUCGAAAGAGAGGCGACGUCCACGAUCAAGAGACCGGAGGUGUUCUUCAAGUUCCAGCAGUAGAGAGAGGAAACCGAGCGGGAGAAGAGCGAGUCGUGAGAGGAAUGACAACCGAGGGAGAGAAAGGCAUAGGAAGAGGUCAAAAGAAAGCAGGCGCUCCCGAUCUCGUUCGUUUUCUAGAUCUAGAUCCAGAGAAAGGAGGAGAACAUCAAAGGAUCAGGGUGAGACUAGGGUAAAGAGGCAGAGGUCAAGAUCAACAUCUAGAGAGCGUAAACGGCGAGAGGAUCGAUCGGAGAACUCUCGGCGUACAGAAAGAAGCUCCCAUAAGUCUAUAGAGCCCGUGUCCACUGAAUUACAAGAGUCUUCGCUUAGUGCUAACAAGACUACAACCCCGGUGAAGACUGAGAGAGAUGCAAGACCACAUGAGUCUGAGACGAUUGUUGUAUUACCGUCAGUUAAACAAGAGACUCAGUCAGAUGAGAUCAAGCCUUAUGAACUUGGGUCAUCAAGGCAUGAUGACCCAACCAGGACACUUCAAGAAAGCAAGGAUGAUGUUUUACGUGAGCUGCUUAAGCCUAAUGAAAUUAAACAGGAGAAACCUUGGUCCACUAGUUCUGUCAAGGAGUUUAAAGACAUCAAAAAGGACGAGGAAGUCUGUCUCAAGAUAUUUGGAGAAUUAGAUGACAUUAAAGAAAUGAAGAAAGAAGAGAUGACAUCUUUAGACAUCUUCAGUGAGGAUUCACCACAAAUUAAUGAAAUUAAAUCAGGCGAUGCUGAUUUAGAAAAGAGCCACGCUGGCUUACAAGAUGAGAUGAAAGUACAAGAAAUGGUUGUUGAGUCAAAAAAGAUAAAAAUUGAAAAAAUAUGGCCGGAUGAUGAUGAUUCACCAAGCUGCAGUGACAAUCCUCUUGUCAUCAAUUUGGAAACGCCUGACAUGGACGCAGUGAAUUGUAAAAAGGAGCCCACUGAGUCAUAUCAGUCGCCACCUUUGGCGGAGGACAUGGAGAUGUCUCCUCUCCAACAACCAGAACCGCCAAUAAAACAAGAACCUGAUGUUUCCUCCGAUGAAGAUAUCAGUGUUGAUUACUUGAUUGAUAAUUUGGACUUCAUUAAGAAGGAAAUGAGUGAGAGCUCUGUGGCUGACUCGACAGAAGCUGUCGACCCCAAGUCUGUCGUCCCAGAGACUCCAGCAGCGAAUAAGCAAACGACUGAAACGGUUACACCUGGUGUAAAGUCUAAAUCGCAGGGAAAGCGAGUUACUUGGAAUUUGCAGGAACCAGAAGAACCCCAGUCUGAAAAAUUAAGCAAACUUGCGCUCUUCAAAUUGAAACUCAAGCAAGAAGGGUCGCGAAGGUCUGCUACAAACCAACAAAAUCAGGCUGAACCCAAAACCAACCUGCCUCCCCAAGAUGAAUCAAGCAAACCGAAAUCCUGCAAAGAAUCUUUACACGACUCCAAUCAGAAAGAGAAGUACAUGAAGAAGCUUCACAUGCAAGAGCGAGCAAUAGAGGAGGUCAAACUGGCCAUAAAGCCCUUCUACCAGAAAAGAGACAUCACAAAGGAAGAGUACAAAGAGAUUUUGCGGAAAGCCGUUCAGAAGGUGUGUCAUAGCAAGAGCGGUGAGAUCAACCCGGUGAAAGUAGCCAACCUGGUCAAAGCCUAUGUGGAUAAGUACAAGCAUGCAAGAAAACACAAGAAGGAAGAAACUGGCCAAAGCCAACAAGCAGAUGUCUAGAAAGACACCCAAACUGCAAUGUGAGGCCGAGGUUAACAGCUAUGUAUCUAAUAGCGAUAGUAGAUUUGAUUGUUUUUUAAAAAUCUGUGCAUUUCUACAAUGACAUAGGAAACUCUUAAGGGCUCAACAUCGUCAACAGUUAUCAAAUUAACCUUUUUGAAUGUUUGUAUGUUUUCUUUUGAAUGUAAAGAUCAUCUGGGAGUGUCCAGGAGUGUACAGAAUGGGUUGAAAAUCUUUAAGUUUGCCAUUGUUCAAAACAGCACCCUCUUUGUGAAUACUAUGCUAUUUUAAAGCUUAUGACUCAACAGGAAGUGCAAGUUGUUAGACAGGCUCUUGCAUUGCCAGACACACAUUUGUGUGCAUGUAUGAAUCACUGGAGAGGAUAGUUGUUUUUUUGUGAUUAAUGAUGUAAUUAUGUUAAGGAACAUGAGCAGGGUCGAACAUCCAGAAGAUCCUCUCAGAAAACUCACAAAGAGUAUUUAUUUGAAUUAAAAUAGCGUUCUGGUUUCCAGUCUUUAUGAGACUCUGGAAUCACUUUGGUUGACUGAUUUCUUUAAAAUCUUUUCAUUUACUAAUAUAGGUAAAACAGGAAAACUCGCAGUAGACCUCACCCUCAUUGAAAAUGGUUUUGUUGUAAAUAGAAAAAUAAUGUUUUCUCAUAAUACUUUGAGCAGCUGUUAUGUACCCUUUCUGUUCAGUUGAAAUGUGACCGUUUUCAUUUUAAAUCCUGCCAGCUGAAUGUUUGCCAAUUGUUUUUUUUUUUUUUUUUUUUUUUUUUUUUUUUAU